AUCUGGAGAAUGAAGAGGAAAAAGUGAAAGGAGAACAAGUCUGCUUCUAAUUACAUCUUGAACUGGUGACUUAACUUUUCUUUUUGGCAGUUUUCCCUGCUCCAGCUCCUGCCCAGGACUGUCUUAGAGUCAGGACUAAUCAGAGGCACUUGUAUGCAGAGGACUCUUGGCCUCUAUACGGAUUGAGCCAGUUCAGGCCAGCACUGCUGCUCCUUCACUCACUUCUCCGUCUUUUUUCUUCUCCUUUCUUCCCCCUCGCUCUCUCCUCGUUAUUCUGUCCUGUCUGUUUAAGUAGAGGAAAGCUUGGGAAUUUCCUUCAAGCUGCUUCACCUUAGGAUUUACCUUCUGUGGGGAUUCAAACAUGCACACUGAAGUAGUAGUUCAGUCCAUGUUAGUUCCGUUGAUCUUGAUUUUGCUGUCUGCCGUGGAGGAGACUUUGUUGCAGUCUGUGAGCCAGGUGGGUGGUGUGUGUAGACUGUCCACAGAGUCAUCCCUGCGUCGCUGUCGCACACCUGAUGCCAAGAUCUGCAGUGGGAGGGGCAAGUGUGACUGUGGCAUCUGUAUCUGCAGGGCAACUGAUCCAGGAAAGUUCUAUGGGCCUCUCUGUGAGUGUCACGACUGGGUCUGCCCCUCGCAUAAUGGAAAACCUUGCAAUGAUUAUGGCUACUGUGACUGUGGGCUGUGUGAGUGCGAUGACGGUUGGUUUGGAGAUGCCUGCCAGUUCCAGGAGGAGUGCAAGAUUCCAAACAAGAAGAGCAAAGAGCUCUGCAGAAACCCACAGGGAGUAGUGUGCUCCAACAGAGGAACCUGCCACUGUGGUAGCUGCAAGUGUAAGAAUGAAGACAACAGAGGUUUGGUGACCGGGCGUUUCUGUGAGUGCGACGACAACGAGUGUCUGGACGAGGACACCGGAGAGGUGUGUGGAGGCCAUGGCCAGUGUUACUGUGGCAACUGUUACUGUGCUGCCGGUUGGCAUGGAGACAAGUGUGAAUUCCAGUGUGACAUCAGCCCAUGGGAGAGCAAGCGGAGAUGCACAUCACCAGAUGGCAAAAUUUGCAGCAACAGAGGAACCUGUGUGUGUGGUGAGUGUACCUGCUACGACGUAGAUCCCUCUGGAGACUGGGGAGACAUUCACGGAGACACCUGCGAGUGCGACGAGAGGAACUGCCAUGCGACAUAUGACCGAUACACCGAUGACUUCUGCUCAGGCCAUGGUCAGUGUAACUGUGGCAGGUGUGACUGUAGAGAAGGAUGGGCUGGGAGAAAGUGUGAACAUCCUCUGUCCUGCUCGCUGUCUCUGGAGAGCAGUCUGAAGAAGUGUCGAGGAACGUCCAAUUUGCCCUGCUUCGGACGAGGUCAGUGUCUGUGUGGAGAGUGCACCUGUCAUCCACCUGGGGACAGUCGUGUUUAUGGCAAAAACUGUGAGUGUGAUGACCGUCAGUGUGAGGACAUCAGUGGAGAGGUCUGUGGAGGUCACGGUUACUGUUCAUGUGGACGGUGCAUCUGCGAAGACGGCUGGUUUGGGAAGCUGUGCCAGUUCCCCAGGUCAUGUGACAUGAGCGAUUCCCAGAGCAGGGAGCUUUGUGAGAUCCCUGAUGGAGUCAUCUGCAGUGGAAAAGGUUCCUGUCACUGUGGCCGGUGUAUCUGCUCUCCUCAAGACUGGUGGGUUUCUGGAGAAUACUGCGAGUGUGACGACCGGGACUGUGACAAACACGACGGCCUCAUCUGCACUGGGAAUGGUGUGUGCAAUUGUGGCAACUGCGAGUGCUGGAAUGGCUGGACAGGGAACGCUUGUGAAAUCUGGGUGGGAACGGACUACUGAGGAAAAAUGGCUGCUGGAUAUUAGAGACAAGAGACCUGGCUGCCUGGAGCGACCAGGAGCAACACCGCAGCCUGACAACAACGAGAGGAAGCAGAACGUAUACAGAGAAAUCAAUUUAUUUUGUUUAUCACUAACAAUACUCAUGUAGUAGAAAUGAUUCAGGUUAUAACUGGACUUUGGUUUAAAAUAAAAUUAAACAAAAAACAACUGUUUAACCCAUUCCACAGUCUGAAUCUGUUUUCAAACAGCUACAUGAUUCUUUUUUAAUAAUUGAUGAAGGAUAAAUAUUAACUAUGGGAUCCAAACAAAAAAUAAAUAAACAAAACUAAAAUCUAAAAUUACCCAUUGCAGUUAAACCCCAAGGCUAAACAACAAACGAAAGUUUGUCCUUGUUUACUUUUAGUGUAUGGUUAUUACUAUGUAUACUUUUUUUGUAGAAUAAUAUAUGUCGCAUAAAUAAACACUAUAAAUAUUAUUGCUCAAAAAACAGAUUUUCUUUUGACUGCUAACAGAAAAACCAUUUAAAUUUGAUAAAUAAUUAAAUAUAUUUGAUAAACAUGAAACUAUUGAACAAUAUAUUUCAGUCAACUAAAUCUAAUUGAAGUUACAAUUAAGUAAAACAAAAACUAGCAGUAAAUCAAUUCUGUUUUGCAUAAAAAUCAAAACAGUUUUGACUCAAAGCUUUGUGUUUUAGGUUUUUAUUUCUUUUAAUAAUAAAACAUUAAAUGUGCCGCAUGACACAACAUUUGCAUGGAAAACAAUGCUAAGACCUUAAUCAUACAUGGUUACAAAUUUGUUAUAACAUGACAUAACUCCAAUGGGCAUACUUGCAACGGUAUAUUUAUAUAUAUAUAUAUAUAUUAUUUUUUUUUGUUGAAAAUAAACUGUUUUAUUAAAUGUCUAUCAUCUGCCAGGUGACUCAAACCAAACAAUCUGCCAUUGAUAAAAACCCACACUUGUACUGAAGGUACGUUAAUGGACGUUUCUCCUGCUCAGACUAGUGACAAGUGACGAUAAAUCAAGUAAAAGGGCAUACAUAGUUUAGACUGUGGCAUGCUGGAUAUCCAGGUCACUUCGUAAGGUGGCAUCAGGGGAUGAGAGCUGCAUCGACACAGGAGCUCAGUCACCACUUGGAUACAAGGGCCAAUAGGAGGUCAAAGAAAAAAAUUGAUGUCAAUUCUACUUUGGCCUUUUUCAUGCUUAUAAACGAGCCAACGCCUUUCGCUUGGUACUUUCCUGACCCAUCGAAAAAGGACAGGUGCAAUAAUAUACUGCACUCGAUAUUGCAUUAAGUAUGUUACUGACAUUACAGUACACCUUUAUAUAAAUAUUUUACUCAAUAUGUUGUAUAUGUGUAUACAACGAAACACAAACUGUAUAGUGUAGACAAACGCGUUGCAUAUAUGUAUGUAAAAUUUAGCGGUACAUACCAACAGUUCUCGAUAGACAUAGCCUACUACAUGCAGUUCAUCGAUGCCAUCCUUUCCCCAUGCAACAGAUGGGAGACGGAAAUUAACAAAAAUGAAAUAAAGAGUUUGGAAAGUGAAAUAAAUUUGUGUGCCACAGAGAGGGAGCACAAAGGCAGACGUGAUGGGGCUUUGGAGACGACAUCACACGUGACCCGUAUAUGAGGGAAAAUUAAGACAAACAAACAACAACGAGAAAAAAGAAAAGAAAACCAGUACAGUGACUACAGAGACCCCAACAAAGAAGUACAUUUACACACUGGUCAUUUACAAAAAUAAAAUCAGCCUCCAAGGAUCCAUUUGACCAAACUGCAGGGUUGGAGCAGCAGCCAGCCCAGCAUGUAGAGUUUGUUAAGAGCGGAGGAUGACUGGAUGUAAUGAGGACAGAACACCGGCCUCAGAUACUGAAGUGCAGCGUCAGCCCCUGUGUACAGUUACACCGCUUUGUUACAGUAUGUCACCACAGAUUUGUACAGACAAAUAUCAACGUCAAACUGGUGUGCUUUGAUGGGCUGUUGUCAGAAAUGGCCGUGUGUAAUCCCCAAAUUAAACGUAUAAAAUCAA